AUGUACCACCUGGCCAAGUCGCUGUAUCUCUACGCCACCAGCAAAGAAGAAUAUUCCGUCCUGCUACUCGGCCUCGACAAUGCCGGCAAGACCACGCUCCUCUCCCAGAUCAAGGCAAUCUACCAACCCCGACCCGACGGCGCCCCAGCACCUAACCCGGGCAAGACCGUGCCCACGGUCGGUCAGAAUGUCGCGAACGUCGCCUUACCAGACAUGAACCUGAAGAUCUGGGAUGUCGGCGGCCAGAUCUCCAUGCGCGGGCUGUGGCAAAGCUAUUACAGCAGCUGCCACGCGAUCAUCUUCGUCGUCGACAGCACAGAUGUGGGCCAGGACCCCGAUAUCACACGCCUUCCCUCCGCGUCGACACGGCGACAAAGCUCCGCCGCCUCGGGCGCCGUGCGCCCCGGCGCGCGCCCCAGCGUCGGCGCGGAGGCCUUCUCGGAGCAAACGGUCGGGAUUGAUGCUGCGGGCGGCGCGUUUGGACGGCUAGACGAGUGCAGCCAGGUGCUCGAGGACGUGCUGCAAAGUGCCGAUGUGGCGGGGGUGCCGAUUCUCGUGCUGGCGAACAAGCAGGACCGCGAGGACUGCGUUGAGGUCGUCCGGAUCAAGGAAGGGUUUGUGCGCAAGGUGUUCGAGGGCGAGACGGGUGGCGGCGUCCGAGACAGCCGUGUGCUGCCGGUCAGCGCGCUGCUGGGGACGGGCGUUGAGGCGGCCGUGGAGUGGGUGCAGAGUCGUGUCAGGUGGAAUAAGGAGAGUCGGCCGCCGCUGAUGCGGUGA